GGACAAGCUGGCGGAGCUUCACGGGAACAUGUUUGUAGAAGAAUGUGUCAAGUGUAAGACGCAGUAUGUCCGAGACACGGUCGUGGGUAGCAUGGGACUCAAGGCCACGGGUCGCCUCUGCACGGUGGCCAAGGCGCGGGGCCUGCGGGCCUGCAGGGGCGAGCUGAGAGACACCAUCCUGGACUGGGAGGAUGCUCUGCCCGACCGGGACCUGGCUCUCGCGGACGAGGCCAGCAGGUCUGACCCCUGA